AAUACUACGUCACAGGUAUGCGCAAUGAAAUGCUUCCUGUUUUCCAUUUCCAGGCCAAACACCAUUGGCAAAGCACACGAUCAUUACACUGCGAGACUUUGGUUGACCAUGCAGCUGUUUGUGCGUGCUCAGACUCUCCACACCUUUCAGGUGUCUGGAUUAGAAACUGUCGCUGACAUCAAGGCUCAUAUUGAGGCAUUGGAGGGACUCUCCUGUGAUGACCAGGUGGUUUUUCUGUGCGGGGAACCCCUGCAGGACGAUGCUGUGAUUGGCCAAUCGGCACUGGAGUUCAGCACUCUUGAGGUUAACCCUCGACUGUUGGGAGGCAAAGUCCAUGGCUCCUUGGCCAGAGCGGGGAAAGUCAGGGGACAGACUCCCAAGGUGGAUAAGCAGGAGAAGAAGAAAAAGAAGACUGGUAGGGCUAAAAGGAGGAUCCAGUAUAAUAGGCGCUUUGUGAAUGUGGUACCGACAUUUGGCAAGAAGAAGGGACCCAACGCCAACUCAUAAAACUAUUUUCCCAAAGCCUUGUGUCUGUCUCAUCACAGUUCAACAUUGACAUGACCAUUCAUGCAGUGAGCGCAAUGGACUGGGAGCAAUAUCUGUCAUUUAUAAUUACAUUUGUCACUGGACUGAUGGUCACUGUGAUGAAAUACAAUAAAACUCCGUGAGGAAAGAGUGGUACUCCACACCAA